AUGGCAGGUAAGAAAGUGCUCAUCGUCUACGCACACCAAGAGCCCAGGUCUUUCAACGGGGCCCUAAAGGACGUGGCGGUGGCAGAACUGAGCCGGCAAGGCUGCGGCGUCACCGUUUCUGACCUCUACGCCCUGAACUUUGAGCCCAGGGCCACGGGGAAGGACAUCAUUGGCAGCCUCUCCAACCCCGGCUUCUUCAACUAUGGCAUGGAGACCCACGAGGCCUACAAGAAGCGGACUCUGAGCAGCGACAUCAUCGAGGAGCAGAAGAAGCUUCAGGAGGCCGACCUGGUGAUAUUCCAGUUCCCGCUGUACUGGUUCAGCGUGCCGGCUGUGCUGAAGGGCUGGAUGGACCGGGUGCUCUGCCAGGGCUUUGCCUUCGACUUCCCGGGCUCCUAUGACAACGGCCUCCUCAAGGGUAAACUGGCCAUCCUGUCCUUGACCACGGCCGGCACGGCCAGCAUGUACUCCAAGACCGGGGUCAACGGAGACUUCCGGUACUUCCUGUGGCCUCUCCAGCACGGCACGCUGCACUUCUGUGGAUUUAAAGUCCUCGCCCCUCAGAUCAGUUUUGGUCCUGAAAUGGCGUCCGAAGAAGAAAGAAAGAAGAUGGUGGCCUCCUGGGCGCAGAGGCUGAAGACCCUCUGGGAGGAGGAGCCCAUCCACUGCUCGCCCCCGUGGUACUUCGGGCAGUGA